CAGGAAAUAGAGUGAAGCUUAAUUUCUAUGAUCUCAGCAUGGGACUUUGCAAGAGCCAUUCCCAAGAACUCUUUGGGUACCAAUCAGACGGAAUCUACCACACUGCUGUCAGCGUCUAUGGCACAGAGUACUACUGAGGCUCUGGAACCAAGGGAAGAGCCGAGGGCUCUUCUCCUGGUCUUGAGAAAGCAGUAGACUUUGGUGAGACCAAGCUUGACAAGGAGACUUUUCUUGAGUUCAUCAAGAGCAUUCAUCCCAAGUAUUCACGUAAAUAAGUAUGAUCUUGCUAAAAACAACUGUAACCAUUACUCAAAUGAGAUCAUCGAGUUCCUGACAGGGAACUCAGUACCUAAAGAGUUGCUUGACCAAGCAAGUGAAGUGAUCAAAACUCCUAUAGGUAAGGCACUUACUCCCUUCAUCCAAGCCCAGCUGGGUGCCUUCUUAAAGAGAGAAGCAGACAUCUUCAAGUUUAUUGAUAUCAGCAACGGAGAAGUCACCCUCAAGUUAAACAUUUUAGCCUUGAUGAACAACAUUUCUAAUACUCAAGAUCAAGCUAUUGCUAAACUAGACGAUCCAGAUGGCUUGCUGGCUAUAUCUGACUCUACGACUUUGAGAGAUACCAUCCUUGAGACUCCGAAGCUUUGUGUGUAUCUCUGGUCUCCUGAAGAAAGUGAAUGUAAGAAGGCCAAUGAGGAGAUAUCCCAAUUCGCUAAAAAUCAUACUUCAGAAGGUGACUCUAGUAUGCUGUUCGUGAGUGUUAACACUCUGAAAAUGGCAGAUUUCUCUAUUUUCAUCAGAGAUUCCUUGGCUGCUGAUCCAACUCCUCCUCAGGUGUAUCUUUACAAGAAUGGCUUUGAGGUUAAAAAGCAAGAUACAUUCUCAAUUGUGAAACUUCAGGAAGAUAUUGAAGCCAUUAAAUAAGG